AUGAAUCGUGUUUAUGAAAGUGGUGCUGCAAAAAAACGAAAAGCGAAAGAAGAACAAAAGAAAAUAGACAAGUUACCAAAAAUUACUGGAUUUUUAAAACAAGAUGACAUUACUAGCAAAAAUGAUGAAACGCCAAAAGGUACCGCUGAUUUACAGGAAAAUGUUAUUCAAAACGAAUCAGUCGAUUUGAAUCCUUCAGAACAGUCGGAAUUAUCAGUAGCUACACAAGUUCUUAUAAAUCAUAGAACAGAAGAGGAGGCAGCAUUGAGAAGCACGUCAGAAAAAAUUGAAAGUUAUUCGACUGAUAUUGCGUUAUGGGGCGAAAUCAACGAGAAGUUACGAUUAUACUGGUUGCGAAAAAAUCCAGGUUUAUGCAGCAAUAAGGAUAAAGAUUUCUCAAAAUCUGCACGGAUUUACCAAGAAGGAGAUAAACAAAAAGUGAGAACUCUAAACAAAUCAUUAUUUCAAUUGAAACUACAAAAUAAUGAAAUAGUAGAGCGUGAGUGGUUAUCGUAUUCGCCAUCAACUGGACGUAUAUAUUGCUUUGUAUGUCGACUUUUUUCAUCUGAAAAAGAUCAAUUUACAUUUUACGGAUUUAAUGAUUGGAAACACCCAGAGCGAAUUACGGAGCAUGAGCAAAGCAAAGCUCAUAAACAAACUUUAACUAUUUAUUCUAAACGGAGAAGAGAAACUGGUAGUUUAGAAAAUGCAUUAACGAUUCAACAAAAAAAUGAGAAAAAUUAUUGGAUUCAAGUAUUACGUCGAAUAACUGACACUAUAAAGUUUCUUGCUUCACGAGGUCUCGCUUUUCGAGGGGAGAACGAACGAUUCGGAUCUAGUCAAAAUGGCAAUUACUUAGGUAUUUUAGAAUUACUGAGCGAAUAUGACCCUUUCCUUAAAGAGCACAUUAAUACCUACGGAAAUAAAGGACAUGGAGUAACAUCAUACUUAUCAGCUAAUAUUUGUGAGGAAUUUAUAGGCCUUAUGGGGGAAAAAGUUCUUGCUUGCAUUAUAAGUGAGUUGAAGAAGGCAAAAUAUUAUUCUUUUUCUGUGGAUUCUACGCCGGACAUCACUCAUCUAGAUCAAUUAACGUUCACCGUGCGCUACGUUACCGAUCAGGGGCCUAUCGAACGUUUUUUAAUGUUCGUUCCUAUAGGAGGUCAUAAUGCCGAAUAUUUAACAGAGGUUGUAGUCAAAUUUUUUAAAGAUAAUGAUAUUGAUAUAAAUGACUGUAGAGGUCAAUCUUAUGACAACGCAUCGAAUAUGUCUGGACGCUAUUCAGGACUGCAAACCAGGAUAAGGGAAAUCAAUAAGGAUAAAUUCGAUGAGUUUUUAGAAAAAGCAAAAAGCUUUACUGAUAUCUGCGAAAGUGAAUCUACAUCUGAGCCAAGAAAUCGAAGAAGAAGCGUAAAACUUACUCGCUUUGAAGGAGAGAGUGAACAUACACAAUUUACUGGAGAUGAAAAGCUCAAAAUAGAGAUUUUUUAUCCGAUAAUCGAUUCACUUUGUUCCAAUUUGAAAACCAGAAAAACUGCUUACGAAACGGUGAAUGAUAACUUCAAGUUUUUUACUGCUCUACCAAACAUGACAUACGAAGGAAUAAAAGAAUGCUGCGAAAAGCUUGCCAGAAAAUAUGAUCAAGACAUUUCUGCAGAAAAUUUAAUAUCAGAAUGUUUACAUUAUAAACAUUAUCUUCGUGAUACACGAAAGAACGAAGAAUUAUUUAUUCCUGAUCUAUACUUGCAACUGAAGAAAGAAUUUCUGACGUCUACAUUCCCAAAUAUUGAAAUAAGUCUCCGAAUAUUCCUUACCCUAAUGAUCACCAAUUGUGCUGGUGAACGAUCAUUUUCUAGAUUAAAGUUGAUAAAAUCCGAUCAUCGAAGCACAAUGUCACAGUCACGAUUGAAUCAUCUAAGUUUAAUGAGUAUAGAAUCGGACUUAUUAAAAUCGAUUGAUUUUGAUGAACUCAUAUCUAAUUUUGCUGCGAAGAAAUCGAGAAAAAAAGUUUUUUAA